ACCCUAAUUUUUUCACAUUGAGCUCAAAACCCUAACGCUGCCGCCCGGGAAAAUGUCAGCCGCCGCCCGCCCCCUCGUCACCGUGCAGUCGCUGGAGAGCGAUAUGGCUACUGACGGAGGAUCCGCCAGCCUUCCACUUCCAGACGUCAUGAAGGCCGCCAUCCGCCCAGACAUCGUUACUUUUGUGCACGGCCAGAUCUCCAACAACGCCCGCCAGCCCUACGCCGUCUCCAAACGCGCCGGCCACCAGACCUCCGCCGAAUCCUGGGGUACCGGCCGCGCCGUCUCCCGUAUCCCCCGUGUUGCCGGAGGUGGUACCCACCGCGCCGGGCAGGGAGCCUUCGGUAACAUGUGCCGAGGCGGAAGAAUGUUCGCCCCGACCAAAAUCUGGAGGCGCUGGCACAGAGCCGUCAAUGUCACCCAGAAGCGCCACGCUGUCGUUUCGGCGAUCGCGGCUUCUGCCGUUCCUUCACUAGUCCUUGCCCGGGGCCACAAGAUCGAAGAGGUUCCCGAAUUGCCUCUUGUCGUUUCUGAUUCCGCCGAGGCGGUCGAGAAAACGAGCGCCGCUCUGAAGAUCCUCAAGAAAGUCGGAGCCUUGGCCGAUGCCGAGAAGGCGAAGGAUAGCCAAGCUAUCCGCGCUGGAAAGGGGAAAAUGCGGAAUCGCCGCUACAUUUCUCGCAAAGGACCUCUUGUCGUCUACGGCAAUGAAGGGUCCAAACUCGUGAAAGCUUUCCGCAACAUUCCCGGUGUUGACGUGGCGCACGUUUCGCGUCUCAAUUUACUCAAGCUUGCCCCCGGAGGGCAUCUUGGGAGGUUUAUUGUGUGGACCAAAUCAGCUUUUGAGAAGCUUGAUGAGGUUUAUGGAACGUUCAAUAAACCCUCGGAGAAGAAGAGUGGGUAUGUGCUGCCCAGGGCGAAAAUGGUCAAUGCUGACCUUGCUAGGAUUAUCAACUCUGAUGAGUUGCAAUCUGUGGUGAAGCCGAUCAAGAAGGAGUUGAAGAGAGCUCCAUUAAAGAAGAAUCCUCUGAAGAACCUCAAUGUCAUGUUGAAGUUGAACCCAUACGCCAAGGCUGCCAAGAGAAUGGCUCUUCUUGCUGAGGCGCAGAGGGUCAAGGCCAAGCAGGAGAAGCUUGACCAGAAAAGGAAACCAAUCACCAAGGAGGAAUCUGCAUCAAUCAAGUCAGCGAGUAAAGGAUGGUACAAAACUAUGAUCUCCGAUAGCGACUACACUGAGUUUGAAAACUUCACAAAAUGGUUGGGCGUAUCUCAGUGAUGAAUCUGCAUUUCGAAACAUUUUUGGGUUGUACCGUUUGUUUUGAGACCUGCCUUUUUUUAAAGCUUACAUGGAGACUUCUUGUUUAAACCUUUAUUAUAUUUACUUAAUUUUAUGUUUUCCCCCUCCAGUUCAA